AUGACAGAGACAAAGGACAAAGCUGUGGCCUGUGCUCAUUAUUUUUAUAUUGUCCAUUUUUUGUUCAAUCCUGAUUCCUGUCCUGUUAUUCGUGCCUGUUAAUCGUCGCUAUGCUACCUACUUUUAUUUUGUUCUCAAUAUUCAGAAUAAACUUGCUUUUCCGUAAUUCAACACUGGCUACUCUAGCCUGUAUGCUGGCUCUCACUUGAUGUCUAUCUAGCUAGCUAGCAGCACUCUGCAAAGCGACCACUGACCAGUUGCGAUUUCCUGAACUAGUUCUAGCGAUAACCCAAAAAUACCUGACUAGGGAAAGGAACAGUAUCAAAUUUUUUUAUGUUCCAUCCUCGUAGAGAAAAAAGAUAAAUGUCAGAAUUCUACUGUCUCCACUCUCUAGCUGCAUAUCGUUCCCUAAACGUUGCGUUUAACAAUAUAGUUUUUAAGUGAUAGUGAACAGUUAAAAUGAAAUUACCAAAAAGGCGUGUGUGAAGAAAAAUAUUGAGAAUAGAUCAGGUAUUUACUACCUAUUAGCUUACCAUUGGUAAGUUAAAUGUUUAUUUGUUUGUUUUAAACCCACACUUCUUCAAUCAAGGGUUAACUUGAAUUUAAGGGCAAAAGUUAAUGGACCUUCUGUGUUUUUCAAGAAUAGUUAACCCUUGAUGUUCAGAGAAACUUAGCUAUGUAUAUUAUAACUACUUACUAAUACCUAGUAAUCUGCAACUAUAGAAGUAGGAUUAAUAAUGUGCAAAUUAAUUACUAUUGAAGAACUGGGCAAACAGAAUUGAUUGACUAUAAUUAUUGUUGUAACAAUAAAUGCUUUUAAUUCGAAAACUGAGCAAACUUUUAUAUGUACUCUCAAUUUCUCUACAAUAUUAUAAAACCCUGCUCAUACGCACAUCCCCUUACUUCACUGAGUUACUUUCAUACUAGUUUUCUUUUUUUCACAAAUUUUUGCUUCAGGUUAGUAGGCAUAAGUAUUCAUUCUAGUUAAAAUCAUAUAAGCUGACGAUCCACUUAACCAUUUUACAAUGCUGUAUGGCAAUCUCUUGCCCUGUAUUUAGAAAAAAAAAAAACAGAUUUUAAUUUAUGAUAAGGAACAAUGACCAUCUUGCAGUACAGCAUAUCUUUGUUUGAACAUUUUAUUUUAAUGAUUCUCUUAGAAACACAGGGCAGUGAUGGUUUCAAAAAAGAGGGUUGGUCAAAAAAUACUAAAUUUCUAGCUUAAAGCCUAAUACUUAACAACCACAAGUUGAGAACAGAAAAACAAAACACUAAAAGUUACAAAAUAGACUGCAUUUUUAACCACAUAGAAAAUACAUUGCAACCUAUUUUUCUUAACAAAAAGUUAUCUAAAAAAUAUAUUUUAUAUUCUUUCUAUAAUAUCAUUAUUAAUUUAUAAGUAGAGAUACCAAAUAAGAUAGGCAUAAUGUGCAAAUAAUGCAAACCUAAGCAUUAUAAUGAACUAACUAGGUAUAGCAUUCACACUAUUAAAGUAUUCGGUACAUUUUUCAUCCGGAUAACAAAGCUUAAAUUAAUAUUUUUUUAGGCUUGACUUGUAAUUAUAAUUAUUGUUGAAUUUUAAAUUUGAUUGCAAAUAUACCAACUCCUAAAUUUUUAAACUUUAAUUUAUACAUUAUUUUUUCAGGUCAGCUCCUUAGAGACCUACCUUCUUAAUAGGUAAAGACAGUCACUAUACUCAUGAAAUUAUUAUUCAACCUAUAGGUAAUUACCGAAAAAAAAUUUGCUCUAAUUUAGGGUAACAAAAAAUUAUAGGGUAUACCCUUGACUCUCUUAUGUCAUUGAACAAAUUUGCCAGGAUAUUUGCAUACAAUAAUAUGCCAUAUAAAACUUAUAACAUUGACCAGUACUGUUAUUUUUCAGCAUAUUUAAUUCAAUCAACAAUUCAAUGCAACUUCUCACUUUUAUAUAUUUACCUAAAUACUUGAUUUUUUUUCUGAGAAUGCCUGAUGGUUGUGGGUAUUUUGGCAUCGAAUUUACCUUAAUCUUUCCAAAGAAAACAACAAAAAAGAGGAAACUUAUUUUUAAAUGUUUGAAAAAGCUGGAUACUGAAAUGACUUUGGCACUUUCUUUAGGCAAGAUUUAAUUUUAUCAAUUUUAAUUUCCAGAAAGAGCCCUUUGACUUGAAUUGAAAUUGAAAUAAAGUAAAAUGCUGAAUUUGUCUAGUUGGCAUCUGGUCUCAAAAUUGCAAAGUCUGUGCUGGUGACAGCAAAGCAUUCUGCAUUGUCAAUUCUUUUCCACCUACAAAAUGGCAUAGCUACAUGUUUACUAUAUCCUAUUAUAGGUUUCACAUUCUUUUGACUCUCAUCAACCAUCUCUCCCAAAUGUAGGUAAGCCUUUUUUAUUCCAUUUGUCAAUAAUUUCUGGUCUCUCUGACAAAUCAUGAUGUGAUAUACAACUUGUCAAAUAAGUAUACUGAGAAGCUUGGCGAUUUUACCAUCUGCAUAGAAAACCAAGUAAUAACGCAUUCUUCACGUCUCCAAGUAUGUUUGACAAGUUAUACACCUCAUUUUCAUAUUAUGAGAUUGCACAAUUUUUUAGAGCAUCAAUUUUAAAAACGUUCUGCGAGUUUAACCAGGUUAUCGCUUAUUGUUCCUGAUAUCCUCACACAAAGAAUAAUUUUUCAUUUUAGCACCCUGUAUUGUCCAUGCCCACUCCCUAAAUUAAUUAUUUAAUUCAUUAAAAUCAGUGAGUUUAUUUUUAAUAUAUGCAACAUUUUUCUUGGAAUGGUUAAGGUUAAUACAUACUGGUGGAAACUUAUGUUUUCUUAAAAUAUUUAUUUCUUUUAAUCUCGGUUUCAAUUUUAUAUUUACAUGUAGGCCUACCAUGUGGAAAAACGAAGUAAAUAUUGAUGUUGAAAUUGAUAUAACACUAGACCAAGUAGAUUCAAACUUUGAAAUUAUAAGUCGUAAUAAUGGAAGUAAGCAACCGAAUAAUACCAGAAAACGAUUUAAACAUGAUAGAAGUGCUAGGAAGCGAUCAAAAAGUUUCUCUGGUUGUGGUCCAAUCAACCCCAAGCCAGUAUUGCCAACUAAAUUCUUACUUGGAGGAAAUAUAAAUGAUCCUCUUAAUUUGAACAGCCUUCAAGAUGACGAAAUUAACAGAGCUAUGAAUGCUGUCACACCAAAAUCUUCACCAUUACCUACUCCACCAAGAAGAAAAAUGCCUGUAGAGGUUAUAGUUUCCCCAAAUACUCAUGAUCCACUUCAUUUAAUGGAUGGUAAAAAUGAUAAAGAAUAUGAAGAACAUCUGUCGACACCUGUUAAAAAAUGCAAAAAACGGCGUGUGAAAAAACGGAGAACAAUGUCGGCGUCAGCUGAAGGUUGUAUACCUGAUAAUGCAGUACCCUUCGAGGCUAGAACACCUGAAGCUACAGAAGAUUCAGCAAGGAUACCUGAAUGUCCUGAAAUUUUAGCUAAUGAUACUAAUGAAACUAUAACAAUUAUUGAUGGAGCUUGUAAUGCUUUAACAUUUGACUUAAAAGAAAAAUCAAAACCUAAAUCUGAAGAUUGCCAAGCAAAAAAAUUCAAAAGUUUCAUGGACAAAAUUGUGAGUCCGGUUAUUCCACAACCAGGUGCUUGGUUAAAAAGAUCGAAUUCCAUAAAAAUUUCAAGACCUAGACCUAAUAAACCCAAUCAAGAUGCAUUGCCGACAUUUAAAGAAGGAAAUAAGAAAUUUCAAUAUGGAAACUACAACAGAUAUUAUGGCUAUAGGAAUCCACAUAAUGAAACCGAUCCCAGGCUUAAGGUGUUUUAUCUUUAUCCAGAUUUGUUCCAUAAUAGGGAUAUUUUGGAUGUUGGAUGUAAUAUUGGGCAUAUUACUUUGAGUGUUGCCAGGGACUUUAAUGCUCGAACAGUUACAGGAAUUGAUAUAGAUCCGAAAUUAAUAUCAAUUGCCCGGAAAAACAUAAAAUACUAUGUAAAAACAGCGGAUACAACGCCAACAAAGCUUGAUGGUACUCCAGGUUUGUUGGAAACCCCAACAAAUGAAAGUGGUAGUGAGUUUUUCCCUAUAUCUUUGCCAGUAUUCUAUGGACCUAUUGAUAUUCCAGGGUUCCAUAAGACGCAGCAGGAAAGGGACUUCCCAAAAAAUGUUUCUUUUAAACAGUGCAACUAUGUGCUAGAAGACGAGUCCCUUUUAGCACUAGAAGAGCCCCAGUAUGACGUAAUUCUAUGCCUCAGCAUUACAAAAUGGAUACACUUAAAUUGGGGAGAUAGAGGACUAAAAUUGACUUUUAGGAGAAUGUAUGAACAGUUAAGACCCGGGGGAAAACUUAUUUUAGAGCCUCAGCCUUGGCAUGGUUAUAAAAGUAAAAAGAAAUUAACUGAAAAGAUUUUUGAGAAUUUUAACUCAAUUGAACUUCUACCUGAUAAAUUUAGUGAGUAUUUAUUAUCACCCGCCGUGGGAUUUGCUAAAAGUGAAAUACUCGGAUUUCCACAACAUAGAAGUGUUGGAUUUAGAAGGCCAAUACAGGUUUUUACGAAGAGCACCAUGUUCCCUAGUGAAAGGAUUGAAGUGACCCCAAAAGUUGAUCAUGAAACUCCUCUAAAAGCACAAUCAGUUCCAGAUAAACAAGAAAUGCCAACUUCUGCCGUAACUAGUGUAAAUCACGUUUACACGAACCUGCUGCAACCUACGCCUAGUUAUUCUGCAUGCUCAGAAGAAAAUAAUGAAAACAGACAUCAGCCGCCCGCGAGAAGCAAUCCAAAUGUUAGUGAUACAAAAAAUACGGAUAUAAGUGAACAAACUGAUGUGGUGCGCAAAAAUACGGAUAAUACUGAACAAACCGAUGUGGUGCGCUUUAAAGAAAAAGAUUGACAACAAGUGUUAGUUUUUUGUGACCAUCAUUAUUGUAGUUUUUUAUAAAUCAAAUUUGUAAAUAUAUUUUUUUUUAUUAAUCUAAGGAUUGGUAAUUAUUCAACACAGAUUAAAGUUUAAUUCAUUUGAAGCUGAUGAUCAAACUUUGCAUUUGAAAUUCAUGAAUUAAGUAUUUCUGGUUAAUUUGAAACAGCUUAAACUUCAAUUUGUGUAUAAGCAUUUGAAUUUUGAAGUAGAAUCAACUUUAAUUUGUGUGGUGUAUGUAUUUGUAAUUUGAAACAGAUUUAACUUUAAUUCGAUAAUUAGGUAGGUACUUUAUAUUUAUAAAGCAAUUCGAACUUUAAUUUGUGAAUUGCAUUCGAAAUUGAUCAAACUUUAUUUGAUUAAUUAUUCCAAACUUGAAAUCAAUUCGUAUAUCAAGAAUUUGCAUUGCACUCCACUAUGAUUAGUUGGUUUUUGAAACAGAUUGAACCUCUUUUGAUUGAAACGAAUUCAAGCUGGAAAUAAUUGAUUGAUUGAUGUAAGUAUUUUAGAGACUUUAUUCUUAAUUUAAUUUCAUUCUGCAUGUAAAAUAAUUAUAAAUAAAAUUGCUAGUGAAAUAGAUAUUUUUAGAAGGGUUAGUCAAAAUUUACAUACAGUGAAAGCCAAUUAUUAUAACACUUCUUCC